UCAAGUUUCCAUUCUUUGGAGGGGAAAAAUGGCUCAUCUAAUUCGACACAAAAUCGCCAACAAGCUGACCAACGCGGCACACACGGUGUCUCACAAAUCUCAGGCCAAGGUCAGCGGGGUGUUCGCCCGCCUGGGAUUCCAGGCCGCCACGGACGAGGAGGGCCUUGGAUUCGCCGAGUGCGACGAUUUGGAUUACGACUACAGGCAUGGGAUGCAGAUGGAUGUUCUUCAGGGAGAUGAAGGAGGACACAUGGAGGGAGAGGAUGACUUGGAAGGAGAUAACCGCUAUCAAAGGGACGGCGCCGGCCUGAGGAGCUCGUCCCUGAAGUCUGAAGGCUCCAUUGAAGAGGAGAAACCAAAAAUCACAUCAUGGGAAGCAGGCUGGAACGUCACAAACGCCAUCCAGGGCAUGUUCGUCCUCGGCCUGCCGUACGCCAUCCUCCACGGUGGAUACCUGGGUCUUUUCCUAAUCAUUUUCGCCGCGGUGGUGUGCUGCUACACCGGAAAAAUCCUCAUAGCAUGUCUGUACGAGGAGAACGAGGACGGCAUCAAGGUGCGCGUAAGGGACUCCUACGUGGACAUCGCCAACGCCUGCUGCGCGCCCCGGUUCCCCACACUGGGGGGGCACGUGGUAAACGUGGCCCAGAUUAUUGAGCUGAUAAUGACGUGUAUCCUGUACGUGGUGGUCAGCGGUAACCUGAUGUACAACAGCUUCCCGGGCCUGCCCGUCUCACAGAAAGCCUGGUCCAUAGUGGCCACGGCUGCGCUUCUGCCGUGCGCCUUCCUCAAGAACCUCAAGGCCGUGUCCAAGUUCAGCUUACUGUGCACGCUGGCGCACUUCGUCAUCAACAUCCUUGUGAUUGCGUACUGCCUCUCCAGGGCACGUGAGUGGGCCUGGGAGAAGGUCAAGUUUUACAUCGAUGUGAAGAAGUUCCCCAUCUCCAUCGGCAUCAUCGUGUUCAGUUACACCUCCCAGAUCUUCCUGCCCUCUCUGGAGGGGAACAUGCAGAAGCCCAGCGAGUUCCAUUGCAUGAUGGAGUGGACCCACAUUGCUGCAUGUGUCCUCAAGGGCCUCUUCGCUCUGGUGGCCUACUUGACGUGGGCAGAUGCCACCAAAGAAGUCAUCACAGACAACCUGCCCUAUUCUAUUCGAGCUGUAGUGAACAUCUUUCUCGUGGCCAAGGCGCUCUUAUCAUACCCACUGCCAUUCUUUGCAGCUGUGGAGGUCUUGGAGAAAUCCUUGUUUCAGGAUGGAGGGAGAGCCCUAUUCCCUAACUGUUAUGGACCUGAUGGGCAGUUAAAAUCCUGGGGUCUGGGCCUUCGUGUGGGCCUGGUGGUCUUCACGUUGCUUAUGGCAGUCUUUGUCCCCCACUUUGCCCUGCUCAUGGGUUUAACUGGGAGUCUCACUGGUGCUGGUCUGUGCUUCCUCCUGCCCAGUAUCUUCCACCUGAAGCUCCAGUGGAGGAACCUUCUGUGGCACCACGUGUUCUUUGAUGUCGCCAUUUUUGUUAUUGGGGGCAUAUGCGCCAUUAGCGGCUUCAUUCACUCCAUCGAAGGGCUGAUCGAGGCCUUCAAGUACAAUCUCCAUGACUGAGUGCUUGAGAGAUAACCUUUAUUAAACAGUGAUGCUGUAAAAUUACUCUCAGGCAGCCAACACAUCCCUGAAAUAUGAGGAUUUUUUGUGUGAAAUGUACACUUGUACUUUUUAUUUUGCCUUUGUGAUCAUGUGCAAUAAUGAACUCAACAAUCACAGUGUAAAAUAAUCCAGUCAUUCCACAAAUAUUUUAGCAUUCAGAGGGGGAAAAAAACUCUCUCUGAUUUUACAAGGGCGUAGCCAGAAAUUUCUAAAAAAAAAAGGGGCAACUGAGCUUUAAUUGUGUACACACUAAAGGAAUAUUCUACCACUAAUUAAAAUUAAACAGCAUUUCAUUUAGUUAUUUGGAUGCAGAAAAAAUAUAACCAACAAACAUUAAAACUAAGGUAGGAUGGAUGUUUCUUUUUCAUUUUUUAAAAACCAAAAUUCAGGUAAACUGUAACAUUUUCAACAAUAAUUUGUACAAAGGUCAAAACUGUGGGACAAAAAUAGCACCAAAAGGCCUCUUGCAUAAACAAGUUUGUAUUAUUUUAAAUUUCCUAUACUUUAGCAUACGAUGGGCUCAGCGUACAAUAUCAGACUCAGCAAAUACUCUAAACUUCACAUUACUUCAAAAGUGA